UUGCAGUUUCCUGAAGUUCCUGGUGGUACUCGUCGUGAGCAUGUCACAAAAUCCCACAAAGCAGAACAGUGGGCUCAUUCAGCACGUAUUGCUUAUACAAUGAACGCUCUGGUAACCGUUUGUGGACAGUUUGAGAGUGCAUUGACCAACAUAUCGUUGGAAGACCUAGCUCGUCUUGCCCAGCUGCAGCCCGAAAUGAGCACUCAAGAAAAAGUUAUCGAUGGUUAUCUUGAACUAUUGAGACAAAGCAGAUUAGAUGCUGAGACAUCGCUUGAAAAUAUGGACAAAGUCGUCAUCUAUUUCCAGAAUGUGUUAUCAGUAAAUGUCAGUGCAGAUUGCUGUGAUACAUCUGCUUGGCUGAGAAAUACGUGUCAACAAUUUGUAAGCGGGAUAACAUGGUGCAAAGUGAACAACCAGCGAAUUUCGUUCUUCCUUAUGGUACAAGCACUUCUAUUGUUUUUGCCGCUUCGGCAAUAA